UAGCUGUCACGACACCACUCUGCAAGGUCGACAUUCAUUUUCACGACUUUUUCUUUUAUAUUCCGAGGAGAGACUUAAAUUGGUUUUAGUUUUUUGCAAUACUAUCCGGUAUCGUUGACGUAUUGCAUUUUCCUGAACGGAAGGCCAUGAUGCUGGGGCCCAAACUGUUAGCAUUUUCUGCUGCCCUUUUGGGGUGCCCUUUUGGGGUGCAUCAGAUUACAAGGGGCACUUCUGAAUCCAUCUUUAAACCAUUGAGCCGGUCUGAUGCCUCUUUCUGCAAUGGCAGACUGCAAGUGAGCUAUCCAGAUGUAGACAUCAGCAAGUGCCUUGUUAUUUCCCGAGAACAUCGACUCAGAGAGAAGAUCAGUCAAGAAUGGGUUGCUCCGCGUGUCCGUCUUAAUACAGUUGACAAGGGGAAAAAAUAUGCUUUGAUGAUGGUGGACCCAGAUGCUCCAAACCGUAGCAAUCCGACCCGAGCUCACUGGAGACAUUGGCUGGUAGUGGACAUAAAGGGAGCUUCACUGAGGAGAGGGGACGUGAGGGGAACCACUCUGUCUGACUAUUCCCCCCCGACCCCUCCACAGAAGUCUGGUCUGCAUCGCUACCAGUUCCUGGUGUACGAGCAGCCCGCCAACCAACGACUGAUGCUCACCAAGAUGGAGACGUCAUCCCUGGGUAACUGGGACCCCCAGGAUUUUGUCAGAAGGUUUCACCUGGGACAACCUGUGGCUGCCGUGCAGUUCCUCACCCAAAACCACAAAGACUAGGAGACGUUCAGGAUCACCUCUGCAGGUGUGCUGCAUCACCUGGACAAGGCAGCUGUGGAGUCAUGCCAGGAGGUCUUAGGAGGAGUCUUCUAACAUACUAUAUGCAAACCAUACAUCCACAUAUUGGAUCUAAUAGUGUGGUAAUAAUAAUAAUAAUGCAUUCAUUUAGCAGAUGCUUGUAUCCAGAGUGAUGCACAGGGAGGAUUUGAACCUGGGAUCUCUUUUAUCUAGAUGUAAUCGGAAGAGGGAGUUGAAGAAGGGUUUCGCUUGCGCUCUGAUUGUUCUCUGCGUGCUUGUAGAUGUACUGUAAUGACAGGUUCUCCCCGUGUGUGUGGCACCAUGAUGAGACAGUGAUUGUGAGUGUUGAUGUAGGUCUCAAUAUUGUCCUCAUCGGGGGGGGUUUACUCGACUUUCCAAACACUUUUGGAAAGGAAGGGAAGUUGGUCUGAUAUCGUGGGUCUGUGAGUGGAAAGAGUUGCUUCUAAAUCAGGGGAGGAAAUACGUCAGGGCCGAAUAAGGAAGUGGGAGGUGAAACCGAGACCACAACACAACCGGAAGCCACAGUGGAACUUGAACUAAAAUACUUGUUGGCGCUACUGAGCCCAGCAGACAGUGUCAGGCCGUGACGGGAGAUGGCGAGGGGCUUGUGGCUUGUGUUGUUUUUUGGUGACGUGCGUUUAUCAUUUUUCCACUGACCACUCCUCUCUCUCUCUCUGGGCCAGUGCGUCUGUGUCAGAGAGAUGAGAGAGAUGUCUCCGUUUGGAGGACAAGGGUGUGUUUCAGACAUUCCUAAACACCAACUUCAGAAGGGUGAACCCGUGUUGAACUUUAGGCGGUUGCGUAAGGGCUCACCUGGCAGGUCUGUAGAGGAUGCUACGGAUAAACUUCUCAACCUUUUGACUAUGACGUCCACUUUUCAGACUUCCACAGGCCUUUGUAGAGGACAGGGUCAGAGUGCCCCCCAUAAGGAAUAUUGGUUUCUUACCAGUGCCUGCCCGAUGGGAAGAGUUUGUAUCAAUACCCCAGAUGUCUGAAAAAGGCUGGAUUUACAUGAAGGCCUUUGAGGUUUUGAUGAUCAAUGAUUUGUUGGUGGUUUCAUUGACCCUGCUUGGUGUCUCAUCAGUGAGCUAGGCUGUAGUAGGUAAUGGAGGUUUUUGUUCCUUUGGUGGUUAAGCCAGCCUUGGUAAACCUCUAUGUGGCCUCUCGAUGAACUCUGGGAGAUCAUUGAUCGAUUGUCCUGCAUUCACUUUGUUUGUCUCCCAGAAUCAAGUUGGAGCGCUCGACGUCACAAACGAGACAAACAAAACAGGGUAAAACAAACAAACAAACAAACAAACAAACAAACAAAGCAUUCAACCCAUACAAAGUCUUUGCAUCGGUCAACGAUGCAUCCCUCAGUCAGCAUAGAGGAUCUUAACCAUGGCAGUUCAUACAGGACACACACACACACAAAGCUAUAGCAUGACAUCUAUUUCACAUUUCUAACUCAGGUCAUCCAGGUCUAUUGGAUGUUUUUUUCACAAGAGAUGUUAACUUUCUCUGUCUAUCAAAUCUUAAACUCACUAAAACAGCUGGGGUUUGGUGUUCAGCUUUAUUGUGUGCCAACAAAUACGUUAUUUGGAUCUAAUUAUCAAGAGGGGUUGAGAUAUUGUGAUUAGGAAUGGUGACAGCUGUAGUUUAAAAUGAGUGAAUAUGUGCAGUAUAUUGCGUUUAAAAUAUACCGGCUCUCAUAUCCCCUGAUAAUACGGGAAAAGCAUUUAAUAACGGCUUAAUUUAUUCAAACUAACAUUAAUUAAAAGGAAUUUGUGUAAUCAAUUCAAUUGCCUAACCGUACGUAGUGAUCUAAUAUGCAUAAUGACUUGAGUAAGUCUCAGUUUCUGUUUUCUGUCUUUCAGCAAACUCAGAUUUUAGCCUAGUUAAAUCAUGUCAUUACUGAGGAGUGGGAUGCAGUGGAUAGAGUGUGACAUUCUCAGUGCAUGCCAGUAUUCAGUGCUCUCUUCCCAACUACUAAGUCCUCUGAUAGGAUCCAUUUUGGAUGAACAAUUGCAGGCUAAUGUCUUGUUUGGCAGUUAUACCUUGUACAGUGCUUAUACUUUGUCAUUCAUUGUAAAAUGAUUUAAAUUUGCACUAAAUUC